AUGAGUUUACCAAAGGAUUGUGCAGAGUUUUUGACAAAGAAUAACUUGUCCCAUCAUGAGGAAUUCUUCUUCAACUUGGGAGUAGCAAGUUUUGAUGACUUUUUUGCUAUAGAAAGCUUAGAUAAACAGAAAAACAGGCAUCAACUUCCAGACUUUGAAGAUUGUGAAAGAGCUGAUGUAAAAGAAGAAGAAUGUUAUGAACAAGAGAUUGGAGCUGAAGGAGGAUCUGAAAUUCUACAAGAUAAUUUGGAAGAAUGCAUAGCAACACCUAUUCCAUCAACAUCAAAUACGAUGAAAGAGCAGUCAAGUGAACAUCAGGAAUUUGAAAUAAAGAACCAUGGUUUGCAAAUGCCUAUUAUGUUUGGCAAAAAAAACACAUAUGGAAAUGCAGUAGAAAAGGGGAUUAAGUUGUGGACAGACUUCCAGAUAAAAACAGCUAUUGGUUUGGAGAAAAAAAGGAGGGAAUUUUUCAACAUGAAGGCUGAAGAACUGUGCUCAGUUAAGCACAUAAGGCAUAACUGGACAAAGACAGAGAUAGCAGGUGCUGCCGACACAGCAUGGACUUUAAAAAAACAGCUCUGUUAA